GCCUCCUGCCUUCCGCCCUCGCUUACUGAGGGGGUCCAGAUCUCAGGGUCUUUGAACCUGUGCGGGAGCGGAGGCCGCGUGUCGGGAUUCUCAACCACUUUCACACCAUGUCCAUCAUCAGAGAAGAUAUUUAAAAUUAUGCCAAUGUUCCUUCUUUCCUGAACUUUGAAAAUACCAAAAUUAUAGUAGGAGAAUUUUCCAUAUUGGAAGCCCAAAAUACUGGGCCUGAAAUGAAUGGUAGAAUCACCCAAUACGGAACCAGAAACUAAGCACAGUGCUAUUCACUUAACACAGUUGAACCUUCACAAUUCAAUACACUCUUCCAGGAGCAGACGAAAUGAACAUAGCUCAGGGGGCAGUGUCAUUUGAAGAUGUCACUGUGGAAUUUACCCAGGAAGAAUGGCAGCAGAUGGCACCUGCCCAGAAGACCCUUUACAGAGACGUGAUGCUGGAGAACUAUAGCCACCUAAUCUCUGUGGGGUAUUGCAUUACCAAACCCAGAGUGAUUUUCAAGUUGGAGCAAGGAGAAGAGCCAUGGUCCUUAGAAGAAAAAUUGCUAAACCAGAAGUACUCAGGAUAUCUCACAGUGGAUGUCCAUAUCAAGGGGAAACAAGAAAAACGAGAGAAGCCUCUUUGGCAAGUAAUACUUAUCAACAACAAAACACUGAAUAAAGGAGGACAGAAAGUUUUAGAAAAACCAUUUAAUCUGGACAUAGCUCCAGAUUUUUUGGGAAAAAUACCCUGUAAAUAUGAUUCAUAUAUGAAGAAUUUACCAAUUGUUUCUGAAUUAUUUACUAGUAAAGAGAACUCUUCAAGGAAGAGAGCUAAUUACGUGAAUAUAUGUGAAAAAUUCCAACUUGAUAAGAAUGAAGAAACUCACACUGGAGAGAAAUCUUAUGAAUACAACAAAAAUAUAAAAACCCUAAGUUGUAAGAAAAAUCAUCAUCAGAAAUUUCAGACUUCAGAACAAUCUUUUGAAUGUAAUGAAAUUGGGAAAGUUUUUCAUGAUAAGACCGUCUGUUUUACACCUGAGGUUUCUCCAGUGGGAGAGAAGUCCUAUAAGGAUGAUGGAUUUAGUGAAGUUCAUAUGGCUAUGACACACUGUGAUGGUAAUGAAAGUGGGAUUGGUUUCAGUAAGAAGUCACCCCUCACUCAAUCUCAGAGUACUCUUACAGGACAGGGUGCUUUGGAAAGCAAUAAAUAUGAAGAAAGUUUGAGCCAGAGCUCAGCCCAUCUAGUACAUCAGAAAAUACAAACUGGAAAUAAAUCCUGUGAUUAUAAUAGAGCUACAGAUGCCUUCUACCAGAAACUGGAUCUUAUGUUACAUCAGAGAACUCCCAUGGAGGAGAAACUCUUCCAAUCUGGUGAAUCUGGGAAAUGCAGAAAAUCCUUUUACCAGAAAGCACACUUCAUUCAGCAUCAGAUGACACACUCAGGGGAGAAACCUAACGAAUGUAGAGAAUGUGGGAAAUCUUUUUGUUUACAUUCCCACUCUGUUCAUCCUGGAACUCCUAUAGGAGUUGAACUCUAUAAAUGUAAUGAAUGUGAGAAAACUUUCUGUCAGAAGUCAAACCUCAAUGAAUGUGUGAGAAUUCACAGAAAUGAGAAACCUUAUAACAACGCCUGUGAAGAAUCUUACAAGUCACCCCUUGUAGGGCACCAGAGAACAGACACAGAGAUAGAACUUCAUCAGUGUAGUGAAUAUGAGAAAGCAUUCUCCAAGGUGACACAUGUCAAAGAACAUCAGAGAAUUCACAAAGGAGAGAAGCCCUAUGAAUGUACUGAAUGUGGGAAAACUUUCUCCAAAACAUCACAUCUCAGAGCACAUCAGAGAAUCCACACAGGAGAGAAACCCUAUGAAUGCAUUGAAUGUGGAAAAAUGUUCUCUCACAAAACCCACCUUGGUGCACAUCAGAGAAUUCAUACAGGGGAGAAACCCUAUGAAUGUAAUGAAUGUGGGAAAGCCUUUGCUGAUAAUUCGACCCUCCGAGCACAUCAGAGAAUUCACACAGGAGAGAAACCCUAUGAGUGUAAUGAAUGUGGGAGAUCUUUUGCUCAUAUUUCUGUUCUCAAAGCACAUCAGAGAAUUCACACAGGGGAGAAACCCUAUGAAUGUAGUGAAUGUGGGAGAUGUUUUACGUAUAAUUCAGCUCUCAGAGCACAUCAGAGAAUUCACACGGGUGAGAAACCGUAUGAAUGUAAUGACUGCAAGAAAACUUUUGCCCAUAAUUCAGCCCUCAGAGUACAUCAGAGAAUUCAUACAGGGGAGAAAUUGUAUGAAUGUAAUGAAUGUGAGAAAACUUUUGCCCAUAAUUCAGCCCUCAGAGCACAUCAGAAAAUCCAUACAGGGGAGAAACUUUAUGAAUGUAAUGAAUGUGGGAAAAAUUUUUCCCAGAAGACACACCUCAGUACACAUCAGAGAAUUCACACGGGGGAAAAACCCUAUGAAUGUAGUGAAUGUGGGAAAACUUUCUCCCAGAAAUCAUACCUCAGUGGACAUGAGAGAAUUCACACGGGGGAAAAACCCUAUCAUUGUAACAUAUGUGGGAAAAGUUUUGUCUACAAGGCAGCCCUCAUAGUGCAUCAAAGAAUUCACACAGGGGAGAAACCUUAUGAGUGUAAUGAAUGUGGGAAGACUUUCUCCCAAAGAACACACCUCUGUGCACAUCAGCGAAUUCAUACAGGGGAAAAACCCUAUGAAUGUAAUCAAUGUGGGAAAGCUUUUGCUGAUAAUUCAGCUCUCAGGGCACAUCACAGAAUUCAUACAGGUGAGAAGCCCUAUGAAUGCAAUGAAUGUGGGAAAACUUUCUCCAAGACAUCACAUCUCAGAGCACAUCUGCGAACUCGCACAGGGGAGAAACCUUAUGAGUGUAAUGAAUGUGGGAAAACUUUCUCUGAAAAGUCAUAUGUUAGUGCACAUAAGAGAGUUCACACAGGGGAGAAACCCUAUGAGUGUAAUAUAUGUGGGAAACCUUUUGCCCAUAAUUCAACCCUCAGAGUACAUCAGAGAAUUCACACAGGUGUGAAAUCCUAUGAAUGUAAUGAAUGUGGGAAAACUUUCUCCCAGAAGUCACAUCUCAGUGCACACCAGAGAAUUCACACAGGGGAGAAACCCUAUGAGUGUAAUGAAUGUGGAAAAGCUUUUGCCCAAAAUUCAACUCUCAGAGUACACCAGAGAAUUCACUCAGGGGAAAAACCCUAUGAAUGUGAACAAUGUGGGAAAACAUUUGUACGUAAGGCUGCUCUUAGAGUACAUCACACCAGAAUGCACACCAAAGAGAAAACCCUAACACGUAAUGAAUUUGGGAAGUCCUGAAGAGGCUUAUAUCUUAUUAGAUACACAGUUGAGAAACUCCUAUGACAUAGACUGGCAGAUAGUUUCCCUCAACCAUAUCAUUUCCCACUAGGCGCAUAGCUCAUCAACAUUUCCCAACCUGUCAUUUACCCAUUGGGGACUGAUCAUGGCUUAUGAUGCUAAUGAUAUAUAAUACAUUUUUUUUUCUUUUUUUGGAGAGGUUUUUUUCGCUAUAGGGCACGUGCGUUCGC